AUGGUAGUUGGCCCCAAGCCAGAACAGCUGUCCUCUAACGCCUCUAACCUCCGCAAGCUUGCAGAACUCCCGGGCGUACUCGUAGAAGGGGAGAUCGAGGAUGAAAGGAACCAGGUGUUGACCACAUACCUUUGGGUGCGUCAGAUCUGGCAUGAUGCUUAUCUGCAUUGGGAUAAAGAUGAGUAUGAUGGACUUGAGGUCAUUCGAAUACCCGAAUACCCAGUUUGGAGACCAGACAUCGUUCUUGCGGACGAGGAGGACUCUUCCGGACCCCCAGACACGAAUGUGGUGUUGAGGUAUAAUGGUGAGAUCACUUGGGACUCCCCUGCCAUCACUAAGAGUUCCUGUAAGGUGGACGUCUCUUAUUUCCCCUUUGAUAGUCAGGAGUGCAACCUUACCUUUGGCUCCUGGACCUAUAAUGGCAACCAGGAUGAAAGGAACCAGGUGUUGACCACAUACCUUUGGGUGCGUCAGAUCUGGCAUGAUGCUUAUCUGCAUUGGGAUAAAGAUGAGUAUGAUGGACUUGAGGUCAUUCGAAUACCCAGCAAUCUUGUUUGGAGACCAGACAUCGUUCUGUAUAACAAUGCGGACGAGGAGGACUCUUCCGGACCCCCAGACACGAAUGUGGUGUUGAGGUAUAAUGGUGAGAUCACUUGGGACUCCCCUGCCAUCACUAAGAGUUCCUGUAAGGUGGACGUCUCUUAUUUCCCCUUUGAUAGUCAGGAGUGCAACCUUACCUUUGGCUCUUGGACCUAUAAUGGCAACCAGGUGGAUAUCAGAAUGGGCAUGGAGAGUGGUGACCUUUCAGACUUUGUGGAAAACGUGGAAUGGGAGUGUCACGGCAUGCCAGCCAUUAAGAACAUCAUAAUGUAUGGCUGCUGCUCUGACCCGUACCCUGACAUAACGUACACAGUCCUGCUCAAGCGGCGUUCUGCCUUCUACAUCUUCAACCUUCUUCUGCCGUGCUUCCUCAUCUCUUUCCUGGCUCCACUGGGUUUCUACCUGCCUGCUGAUUCAGGGGAGAAGGUCUCACUGGGGGUGACGGUUCUGCUGGCUCUGACUGUAUUUCAGCUGAUGGUGGCUGAGAGUAUGCCACCUUCAGAAAGCGUUCCCCUAAUUGGAAAAUACUACAUUGCAACAAUGACCAUGAUAACGGCCUCUACAUCUUUGACUAUCUUUAUCAUGAAUAUACACUUCUGUGGAGCAGAAGCCAAACCUGUGCCCCACUGGGCCAAAGUCCUGAUAAUAGACUACAUGUCGAAGAUCUUCUUUGUGUAUGAGGUAGGGGAGAACUGUACCACACCUGAAAGUGACCGAGGCACAUUGUUCUCUGAAGACCCACUGGCCAGCCUUGAGAGAGAUGGGUAUUUUGACAAAGGGUUUUAUGGAGACUGUCACCAUGAUGACAGAAACCGCAGUCAGUUUAAUGGGUACAAUCACAGAGACCACCGGCAUGGGAAUGGGUACCAUCACAAUAACUGUGACUAUCGACAAAAAAGGCAUAACCAGCAAAGGAGGACCCACUCAUCUUCAAAUUCCCCUAUUCGACAGAAUGCCCAUCAUCCAAAAUACAUACAAUACAUUGGCCGAGAUGGAAGUGAAAAGCUCCCACUGACAAGCCAGGAGAAACUCAAAGAUAGUAAACUUUCCAUUCCAGAAAAACUUACUGGAUACACCUACGAUCAUGGCAAUGGUUAUCUCAAUGGAGUUGGGUAUCACCACGAUAAUAGCUACAGCAAAACCUUUGGAGCAGAUAGUUACAAUAAGACCACCACUGGUACAGGAUGUGUAUGCAUCUGUGGCCAACAUCAGAAAGUGGUGAGGGACAUUGAGUACAUAGCUAACUGUUUCAGAGAGCAGAGGGCACACCAGGCCAAAGGGGCAGAGUGGAAUAAGGUUGCCAAGGUGAUGGACAGGUUCUUCAUGUGGGUGUUUUUCAUCAUGGUUUUCCUCAUGAGUAUCCUUGUUAUGGCCAAGGCAACCUAG